UACCUCCACAUCUGAUGGCAUGCUGACUCUCGAUCUGAUCCAGGAGGAGGAUACAGCCCUGGAUCUCCAUGGGACUUGUGCAGAUGGUUUCUGUACCAACCAUCUUGGUACCAGCCACCACAAACUGAACUAUGAAACCUCCACUAAAACCUCAGAGAGCGGAGACACGGUGACAGAGAAGGAGCAUCCCUCCAGGAUGGACAAACUUCAGAAGAAAGGGGACAGCUGGCAGAGGGAAUCCACCACCUCUCUAGAUCGGGAGGGGAACUCCUCACCAGAGAUCCCAAAAAAACUACCCUUUGCAGAGUUAAACAAGUGUGCAUCAGAGGAAAUUCUGUCACGGGCGGGAUCCGCACACAGGUCUGCAUUACGGAAAGGCUUUGAGACUCAGUCGAGCAGUAUAGAACGGGACAAACUAGGGCGGGUCUGGGAACUCAUUGCACUGAAACUGGAGAGAACUCAACAGCUGUUACUGGAGGCUGGCAGCCAUGGGAGUCAGAAAAGGCAGAACAGAGACUCUCCAGGGAUAUCAGAUGGGCAGGUCGCUCUAAAUGACACAGAGUGGCUACUCUCUGAGGCCCUGUCCAACUGGAACCAGGCCAAGCAGGUUCUGCAGGAGAUUAAGGAAUUGAGGGACCUCUGCAAGCAAUCAGUUCAAAUGUACAAAGAACCAGCACUGACAUCAGGCAGCCAACCUCCAUACAGGGGAAGUCUGAUGUGAACUUCGCAGGUCUUUAAUGUGUGUCUUGGUAAUCCUCCUUCUCUUGUCCAAAUGGAAAACUUUGAGCAUGCCGGCAAGGGUCGCUCGGUUUCACCGUGACCUUGGAUUCAGCCCUAGCAGGAACAGAUGAGUCUGAUGGCCCGAGCUUGUGCCAUCCUGUCUGGAAGGGAAGAACUAUGAAUCCACCUCAUUCCACCCAGGGCGCAGUUGUCUGUGAUGAGUGAUGGGAUUGGACAUUUUUCAAUGCAAAGUUUGUGUUACAAACUGGAGUGAGCUGCAUCUGAAACAAAGUCAGCUGUUUGUUUUGGGGUCGGUGGAGGGUGAGGGAUGGAAGCCCCAACAGCUGCAGGGAUGAGGUUGCCCUGAGAACUCCUCAAGUAGAAAGACUCUUUCCUGCCUUGUCGGCGUCAGCAUUUCCAUCUUGAAACAGCAUCUGGAUAGUUUUAUACAAAAGCAAAGUACUGCAGAUCCUGGAAAUAUGGAAAUAAAAGGUGAAAAUUCUGGAAAUACACAGCAGGUUACACUGCAUCUGUGGACAGAAAAAUCAGAUAAUAUUUCAACUCAUCAGAACGCUGAUGAAAAGCCACAACCUGAAAUGUUACCUCUAUAUCUAUCUCCAUGGAUGCUGUCAAACCUACUGCCCAUUCCCAGCAUUUUCUAUUUUUUUAUUUCAGGAUAGUCUACUUAGUACCAGAGUUCCCAUGAUUUCAACCUUUAAAGGAGCUGUCCUGGAAAUGUCAAAAUUUGAAAAUGACCAUCCAUCUCUAAUAUGGAGAUUUAGCCUUUAGGAUUUUCAAUCAAUAUUAAAUGGCAGUGAAUAAACUCAGAACUCCAGUUAGGCACCACCGCACCCACGCCACCCCCCCCCAUCCCACUUAUGCCUUUGUUACUUCUUUCCCAGUCAACCAAACAGUAUUCACACUGAUCCCUCAUCAGUCAUCCUCCUGGAUUUACCACCUAUCAGUGACUCAGUGGUUAGCACUGCUGCUUCACAGCGCCAGGGACCCGGGUUCAAUUCUACCCUCGGGUGACUGUCUGCGUGGAGUUUGCACAUUCUCCCCGUGUCUCCGGGUGCUCUGGUUUCCCUUCCACGUCCAAAGAUAUGCAGGUUAGAUGGAGUGGCCACGCUAGAUUGCCCCUAGUGUGCAGGCUAGCCAUGGGAAAUGCAGGGUUACAGGGAAUAGGGUAGGGCUGGGUGGGUUGCUCUUUGGAGGGUCAGUGUGGACUUAAUGGGCUGAAUUGCCUGCUUCCACACUGUUGGGAUUCUAUGAUAUCUUGUCCACCUUUCCUUCACCCCAACCCCUAACCACUCCUCACCUGCCCCCCUAGUCCCUAGCCUGUCCCAUCUGUCCUCCCUUCAGCUGUAUCCUGCCCCUGUGAGGAUUGUCCUUGUGAGGAUCAAAUACGGGUGCCACAUCUCCUCCAGGGCAGAGACCUUAUUGGAAGAUGAAUGGACUUGACCAUGGGUGCCAACUAGUGACAAUAUCUAGUUGUACAAAAUCCAUGGGGAAGGGAGGGUUACAAAGAACUUGUGACAUUCUGAUCUUUGUAAAGGAGGGCGCGGGAGUAAGAAGUUGACUAACCGACCAUGUAGCAAUGCAAGGUACAACUCCUGCUCCUUCUGCAGGAGGGACACAUACUUAUCUAAUCAAGCGCAGAUGUAUCAGUACCUCAGUGUAGGGAUUUACGUGGUCCAAAUGUUUUAUGAAGCUUCUAACCGCUCAGUGUUCUUAAGGUGCUAUGAGUCCUGUCAGAUCUGUUACUGUCCAAUUGUUUAUUCAAGCACAGCCUUAUGUCAGCCUCAGUCAUAAUCACCACCUUCCUGUUGAUUCCAAGGUGCCCUGAUGUUCUGUGUCUUGCAGAACAAUUCAGAGAAAACAAUAUGUAAACCAAGACGGGAGAAGUGAUAGGCUAAUAAUGUUUUAUUUUUCCAAGAUUAACCUCUGGGUCUUCCCUUUGCCCCAACACUGUCAGGUCCUGAUCUAUCUUUACUUUUGAAUUUUUUUGAAGCUGUGAUUUUAAUACAAUUAAAUUAAACUGAGUAAAACUAAA